AUGAAUGAAGGAAAUCGGAGUUGGGCAUCUGGGGCGGUUCCCUCGACUCCAUAUAAAGAUCGUGCAAAAUAUUUGUCAACAACUGGUUUCUUUCCAGAAACAUUAGAAAUUCAUUGGCUAUCUGUUAUUAAUUCAAUGGUAUUAGUAUUUUUAUUAAUCGGUUUUGUCAUCAUUAUACUGUCUCGCAUAUUGAAACAUGAUUUUAAUCAUAUGAAUGAUGAUGAAGGAGACGAAAAUCCAGAAGAAGAAAAUGGAUGGAAAAUUAUUCAUACCGAUGUAUUUCGAUUUCCAAAUCACCGAGCAUUAUUCUGUUCCAUAUUGGGCGUUGGUAGUCAAUUUUUAUCAAUAUUUACUGGUAUAUUAAUAUUUGCUGUAUGUGGAAUGUUUACUGUUCAUCGUCAUGGAUCACUUAUGGCAUCAGGAGUUAUUUUGUAUGCCUUUACAUCGUGUGUAGCAGGUUAUAUGUCUGGAAGAAUGUAUCGACAAUUACAAGGUGAACAUUGGGUAUGGAAUAUUAUAUUGACGGCCAGUUUAUUUACAGUUCCAUUUUUUUUAAUAUGGUUUAUAAUAAAUUCAUUUGCAUGGGCCUAUGGCACUACACAAGCUCUACCGUAUACAACUGUACUUAUUUUAGCAUUUAUGUGGCUAUUUGUUGGUUUUCCGUUGACUGUCCUUGGUGGAAUAUUUGGUAAAAAUUGGGCUGCAAAUUUUGAUGCUCCAUGUCGUACAAAAAAUAUUGCACGUGAAAUACCUCAGGUAGCUUGGUAUCGUUCAUCACUUGUUCGAAUGUUAGUCGGUGGUUUUCUACCAUUUUCGGCCAUAUCCGUUGAAUUAUAUUACAUUUUUUCAACAUUUUGGGGACGUGAACAAUACACACUCUAUGGAAUAUUAAUGAUUGUCUUUAUUAUCUUAUUAUCAGUUACAGCAUGUAUUUCAAUAGCUCUCACCUAUUUUCAAUUAGCAGCAGAAGAUUAUAGAUGGUGGUGGAGAUCAAUUAUUACAUCAGGAUCAACUGGUGCAUUUGUAUUUUUUUAUGCCGUCUUCUUCUAUUUUAAUCGUAGUAAAAUGAAUGGUACAUUACAAACGAUGCAAUUUUUUGGUUAUACUCUAAUUGCAUGUUACGUAUUCUUCUUAAUGUUAGGAACAGUUGGCUUCUUUGCUUCAUUAAGAUUUAUUCGUUAUAUUUAUGUUAAUAUUAAAAUGGAUUAA